GUUUACCUGCAGGUGCACGCUCAGUUAUCUGCUCUGCCCUUGUCUUUCUUAUUCUUUCAUAUUCACGUUGAUGACAAUAGAGUGGAAUCCAUUGUCUCUUUGUUCUGUUAAUCCAUCCAUCCUAUACUCCAACAUCCAAGUCCUCAUUGCCAUCUCUCUCCUCCCUGCUGGCAACGCUCGACAGAGACCACAAAGUGAGGCCUCUGGAUCCUCUUUGUGCCACUUUGCAUCUCUAGCCCUCUUCCUGCCACGCCUCCUCCUACGCACUCGCUAUGAGACCUCCUACGACCUACGAAGCGACGCAUGUCCAGUCUUCCAAAAAGCCUGCAUCGAGCCUCCGUCUCCGCCCUCGCAGGCGGUCGCUCAUCGGUCGCUCGCGAGCUAGCGUGCCUUUCUUGGCUGGGUCCCUUGGUUCUUUGCGACAGCGCUCAGAGGAUAGCGCGGACGAUCAAUUGAUCGUUUCACUACGAGACCGUGACAGCCACACAGGAGCCCCGUGGCAGAGCAAUGCUCAGGCACUUCAGGAAUAUCUCAUGGUUCUGACACCCCAGCGGCUUCCGUAUGAGAUUCAAAUGGCUUCAGGAUGGGACAAAGGAUUUUCACCAGAGGAGCUUGUCGGACUAAUGCACACCUCCUCCGGUAAAGGAUGGCACACUCCAAGAUUCUGCAGCUACCCACAGGAUUUGGUGCUGCGAUUCUCAUGUGGGCACUCCAGGGUGAGAAAGAUUCAGAUCUUGUCCCACCAGUACAAGAUUGCGAGCAGGCUGGACUUUUGGAUGGGCUCGAGGAAAGGUGUUCAGUCCAUCAACGCAGAUGCCACAGGACGUCAAUCUCUCAUUGAUGGGAACACUAAUGCCGAUCAUGACAACAACUAUGGAAACAACGAUGGCGCAUAUGAGGAUGAGGACGAGGAUGCCGGACUUGAUCUCGUCCCUAGAGUGGAUGCCAGGAAGAAGAAUUUGCCAGUGCUGCAGUUUCAAAAACUUGGCUCCAUCUCUUUUGACAGCAACACUGCCUCCAACUUCUCGGGGCGAGAGUUGAAAUCGAUUAAUGUCGAUGUCGAGGGCGAGUAUCUACGUGUCGUCAUUCGCCAGUGCCAUGUGAAUCCUCUCAAUAUCUACCAUCAAGUUGCGAUAUUGGCGUUGAAUGUGCUGGGCGAGACACUUGAAGAUGAGCUGCAAGGAGAAUCGGAACGCUUGGAUUUCAACGAAUUCGAGGUCGUGAAUGGACCAGGUCAGGGACUUACAGAGACAACGGUUCCACACUCUUCGAUUCCAGUUUUGGAGACUCUUGAAGUCCCCAACCUGUCGGAUGCAGUGCGGGGAUUGUCAAUAGCGGAAAUAAAGGAUCAGCCAGCCAGUUACAUGGAUCAAGAUGUAGAGAAACUGAUAGUGGGGUUCGUCAGGGCAAAGCAGGACGCAGUAAAGGUGGAGGACUUCGCGUCUGCAAAAUUGUAUAAAGCUGGUUACGAGGAGACGGUAAAGUUUGCGGACGAAAUUCAGACCUUGAACAUUGAGAAGCACAAAGCUGCUGAAAAUGAUGAUUUUGAUCUGGCACAGGAGUUGAAGACUAAGGUUGUAGUUGUGAAAGCAAGGAUGAACACUCAGCUGUCUCAGGGAGGCUUUGUCAUCACUGCAACAGAUGAAAGCACCGUCGUCUCUUUGGCACGGUCGGACGUGAUUUACGAGGAGAACGAUAAUGAGAAGUCACUUAUUGCUUCGAAGAGCGUUUCAGUUAGCAAUAUAUCAGUCUCUGCUGAGGCAUGCAGUCUGCCGAUCAGCAGCAUCGGGACCAAUGGACGGCGGGUUCCUGUCAGUCGCCGAAGCAUCUUUCCUCCAGCCGUCCUGAAUCGCAGCUCCUCAGCACCCAGCGAUAGCAGCUCUGAUCUAGACAGGGCGGGAAGGGGCGAUUAUUCAGGAAAGAUACCGGCGCCUCUUUUCAGAUCGUCCUCGACUGGGGUCUCAAAGCAGCUGAGCGGCGCUAGAUACUCAGGACCGCAGUCGUCGCACAGACUACCCUUGUUACCCAGGAACGGCUCAAAAGCACUACAACAAGUGAUUUCUCAGCCCGCCAUAAAAGAUCGUUCAUUCAUUUCUUCCAGCCAGCUCAUUCUUGGACAGGAUGAUAUCAGCACGAUUCAUUUAGAUGAGCUGACAGAGCAGGAACAAACCAGCUUCUCUGUGUCGCUUCAGGUAUUUCCCAGCAAAGUCGUCUCAUGCCUCAUUAGUCGCGAGCUCCACCUCCGACUAUACGCUAUUGAAUGUGUCAAGGAGCAUCUGGAAAAUGAGAAUGACGAGGACGACAACGACCAGCAAAACGAUCGAACUUUACUAGCGCGAGCCGUUUUCCAAGUCAUUUCGAUAGCCUUGACAGACACUCGCGAGAAGGUCGUGACACUUGCGUUAGCGCUGCUUGAUCAAGUUGUCAAAUUCUGCAUUCAGAACGAGAUUCCGAAUGCCGUAACAUACCGUUCCUUGGAACCGAUCUUCUCACUAUUACUGAUUAAGGCAUCGGAUCUAAACACGCGUGUGACCCAAGGAACCAUCGACCGACUCGUAAUGCUUUGUAACAGUUUCAGGACGACUCCAUACGCCAUCCUUCCUCUGGUAUUCAAGCCAGCAAGGAACACAGUACCCUACCGGCAAGCACAAUCCAGGAUUGAAAUUGUUGCCAGACUCGUGAACGAAUUCGGUGUGUUUGAUAGAUCCGAAGGCAAGGGGACUGCAGGCGGCCUCGACUUCGAGAAUAUCACUGAGUUUGCGGUUCCUUAUCUCAGCCAUACCAACGGCGAGGUGCGCAUUGCAACUCGUAAGCUAAUCAUUGACGUCUGCAAAUUCUUGAGUAAGACAAGAGUGGAGCAAUUCCUGCCGGGCGUAAAACCUCUUAUCAUUGAGAGCAUCCAAAAGGAGCUGGUGCCCAAGAAACCGAGGUCAUCGGCUGUAAACUCGCCUGCGCUGUCACGGCCGGUAUUGAGGUCUACCGGACUAUCGACUCAGGACUUGCGCCUGUCGCUAAACUCAUCCGUUCCUGUGCCAUCGACUAGCAGGCGAUGCCCGGCUCCCAAUCCGCUUGGUGUAAAUCUUCAUAUGGAUUCCUUGAAAAGUCUCUUGGUCGAGCCCGAUUCCCCUGGUCUAACCAAACCCAGUCGCCAAAGCUCACGACAGCGGUCAGAUGCAGCGAUUGCGCACCAGGCGCGCCUGAAGAUGCCUUUACGGUCCUCUGCCAAGGCAACACAAGCACUGUACACUGGUGUUCCAAGAACCAUGGUAAAACGGCAAAGCGCACUUUCGCCUGAGGAUGAGAAUGAUUCUACAGCAUCAGAGGAGAUUAAGCCGCCUCUUCCUCGAGGGCUAUUAAUUACACCUAGAACGCCGGCCCGACCGCUCCAAUCAAAAUCAAAAUCGAGCUCCUCUCUCGUGACGAAAAACUCACGGCAGGACACGACUAUCGGGAAUUUGUCUGGAAGCGAUGUACCAAAGGGACCGAACGCUUCUAGACCAACGCAAGAUCGAUUCUGUGUAUUUUGCGAUGAACGAAACAAUGCUUUUACGGACGAAGGAUUAGUGGUGCACUAUUGGAACGAUUGCGCCAUGCUUGCCAAUUGCUCUUACUGCAAAAUCAUCAUCGAGGUUCCCACAUUGGCGGAUCAUAUGCUGAAAGAAUGUUCGAAGCGAAAGUUUGUAAAGCAAUGCGAGACCUGCAGAGAAAUCAUGGCCGCAGAUGUGUUCCUUGCCCAUGUCGCUGCGGGAUGUAUCGCUGUUUCUGAAACGACUAUUCGGUGUCCACUUUGCCAAAAUAUCCUGCCUUGCAAUGACGAAGCAGAGUGGAAGGAACAUCUGCUGAAUGGGUCAGGUUGCCCGCUGAACAAAAAGACACGAUCUAGGGUCCAAAAGCCGAGGUCGUUAUCACAGGCGCCUGUCAAUAACCUUCUGCCGCCAGUCAACACUGCAUAUGGCAGCUCUGUAUCUUCUAUGGCUCACGCAGGCUCUCCUACAUCUCCGCUGUCAUCAUCUUCAUCGUCGUCUAUACGAAUGGAAUCCUCGAGCGUGCAUAAUAGGGGUAUGUUCUCAGCUACUGUCUCGCCAGCGUCAUCGACCACGUCUUUGGUCGUGGAUAAGAGCUCGCAUUACAGUUCAGCGUCUCCACUGUCGUCGUCCGUAGCAUUUUCGCAUCUCAGCCAGCGGACACAACAUGGCGCUGGCGCAAACGACUAUUAUCAUAAUCUUCACCAUUUGGACUCUGUUCAUCCGCUGGAUCCCUCCCCAACGGGCUUUUGUCAAGGUGGCACCGUGCUUUUGCAUUCGCCAUCGAUGAGCGCAGUGGGUGCCCAUCAGGCUGACAAUGGAAAUAGUAGUGGCGGUAGUGGCAGCCGUAUCCCAAAACUGGGCAACUUCCGAUCCGCCUCGUCCAAUUCCGGUAGGAGAUGCAUGACAAUGCUUGCUUGCGUGCUUGCUUUCUUGAUGUAUGCUAACGUCCUAGGAUCUCCAUUACUUUGCGUAGUCACGAACUUGACGUGGAAGUAACCCGAUUAGCGUGUUUAAAACGAUUUAUUUGCAAACAUCGCCUUUAAGAAUCUGUUCUCUUUGCCUGUCUGUCAACAUAGCCCGACGGCGAGCGCAGUAGACUUAGGAUAUAUACAUAAUAUGCCUUUAAUCAUUGUCCUACAACCCAUAGUUGGGUCCUUAUACUUCCCUUCGUUAGCCUUGAUUCAAAAGAUAAUGCGACAGAGACGGGACGUGCCAAACUGUAUUUUGUGCGCACGAAUAAAGGCAAAUAUCGGAAAGCCGAUGCACAGCAGAAGCAUGAAGCACGACUGAAGAAAGCCGCGAGCAAACAGGCGCGUCCAGGAUAGCUCAUCGAUUCCAUCCUCAAUCAUAUCCGGGACAGACCAGGC